UCUCGUUUCGCAGAUGAUGACAGAUUUGAUAACAUUUGAUUCGAUAGUUCCUCAUACUUGCACAGGUAGUGCCCAGGUUUUGAAUGCCGGUUUAGAGUAAAUCCGCUUUAUUCCUUCAUUAGUAGUGUAAAAUGUUUUCGGUGGUAACAGUAAGUGAUACGUGUUCAAAUGGGACUGCCACGGACACAAGUGGACCGCAUCUUGUAAAUUUAAUCAAAGCUAAACUAAGCUGCUCAACUGAAGUUAAUUAUCUGAUUAUACCGGACGAAAUUGAAAUUAUUAAGCAAACUCUCAUAUACGCCGCUGAUGUUCUUCAAGUAAGUGCAGUCUUCACUACCGGUGGAACCGGGUUUGCUCCUCGCGAUGUAACUCCGGAGGCAACGAAGGCUGUUCUUAGUAAAGAGGCUCCUCAACUUGCUCUCGCAAUGACGCUAAAAAGUUUAGAGAAAACCAAAUUCGCCGUUCUCUCUAGGGCAACAUGUGGCGUACGCAAUCGAUCGCUGAUUGUGAAUUUCCCUGGCAGUAAAAAGGCCGUUGAAGAAUGCUUUCUCUCUAUAAUCGACGUUAUUCCACAUAUGUUGCAGCUGCUGAGUGAUGAUGUUCCUAAAGUCAGAGAGACUCAUAAAAAGGUGCAAGCGGCAACUAGUUCCGAGCACGUACAUGUUUGUCCUCAUGCGACAGGCAAAGGAGGUGAUGACAGAAACUCUCCAUUUCCAAUGAUCGAUGUUGAUGAGGCAAUACGAAUUAUCCUUGGAACUAUCACCUCAAAGUCCAUCCCAAAAAAGCAAUUCAGCCGAGUAAACAUUCCGCCCUUUCGAGCUUCUAUUAAGGAUGGUUAUGCGUUGAAGUCGAUUGGUGGAAAAGGGGUGAAGCGAGUUGUGGGGUAUGUAGCGGCUGGGAGUGGCAUAAUUGAUGACAAUUUCAACAUCGACGAGUGCUACAAAAUCAAUACUGGUGCACCGUUGCCAGAGCAAGCAGAUGCAGUGAUUCAAAUUGAGGACACGAAAUUAAUUUCUGCUGAAAAUGACAUCGAGCGAAUUGUUGAAAUUUUGGAUGAUGUUACCCCAAACAUGGAAAUUCGACCCAUCGGAAGCGAUUUGCGCAUGGCAGAAGAAGUGUUCGAAUAUCGCUUUCCUGUUGAUGCCGCUCAAAAAUCUUUGAUGGCCUCUAUCGGAGAACCAUUGAAGAUAAACAAGUUAAAGGUGGCGGUAAUUUCAACGGGCGAUGAGCUUGUUCAUCCAUAUGAAGACUCUAAUCAAGCGAUGUCUAUCGAAGGCAAGAUCUAUGACUCCAAUACAACAAUGCUGGUACAAUUGCUAAAGCAGUUCGGUUUCAACGAUGAGCAGUGCGAAAUUCAACAACUGAUUGUUAGAGAUAAUUACGAUUCUCUGCUUAAAGAGAUAAAGGCUCUCACGGGCUCAGCGCAUGCCAUUAUCUGCACUGGUGGAGUAUCAAUGGGGGAUAAAGAUUUCGUAAAGCCCGUGCUCAAAGAACUAAAAUAUGAUUUAAAAUUUGGACGAGUCAAUAUGAAACCAGGAAAGCCAUUCACCUUUGCAAAUAAGGAGAAAACUUUAUUUUUCGGUCUUCCUGGAAAUCCGGUGUCUGCGUUUGUUACUUUUCACCUAUUUGCUUUACCUGCUCUGAGAAAAUACUUGGCAUCUACUAACGAAGCACCUUUCAUAUUGGCCAAGUGUAAUUUACCGAACAUUUCUGUUGAGCUUCUAACUGACAGCUACGAAUUGGAUCCAAGACCAGAAUUUGCACGUGCUUCUGUCAUAUCAAAGAAUGAUAAGCUCUACGUUCAAAUAACUGAAAAGCAGAUCAGUAGUCGAUUGAAAAGUAUAGUUGAAGCCGAUGUCUUGCUACAUUUACCUGCGCGCUCCCCGUCGAAAACAAAGGUGACCAAAGGGGAACGUCUAACAGCUUCUAUAUUGCGAGCCGAUUUUAUCUCUGCCUAUGAGUAAAAGUUACUCACUAUUGGAUAGAUAUUUAUUUUCGCAAGCACAAGGUAGCUAAUGACAUAAAUGUAACACUUUGAGUCAUGGUUUGAUCGUUUUGAGCCAAUAUGUGCAAUGCCACCCCAGGUUUGAGAGACGAGUGUGCACUAUUACCUUUAGUUCCAGAAUUUCAUCCUGACAAAUGCGCGUAUUUCGAAUGUAACGUUCAGUACACUCGACGCUAAAGAUCAUCUAACAGUUGAGGUCGAAAUAAGCGAAUUAAGCCAAGAUAUAUAUGUAGUGAUCAAUAAUUAACAAAUAAGUACGGUUUAAGCCGAAUGUGUUGUAUGCAUGAUCAAUGUUUUCUAAGAUCUAUAGCGCUUUAAUUUUGUUAAAAAAAAACUUUAUGCAUCAAUCAAGUUGUAGAAGUUUGAAACUUGAAAACAAUUACAUCGUUUGCCGGUUUGUCCUAUUAUUGUUAUGUUAUUAUAAUACCUUAUAUUUAAUAAAUAAUGGCGACCAAAUUAAGCCAGAAGA